UACAUUUUGAACGCUUGCGCUACGGGUGUUCACCUUCUGCGUGAAUCAUCUUUCCUUAAUAUUUUGGAAAUUAGCCGCUUUCAUCACAUUGUCCAGUUAUCCAUAGUCAACAAGGAUUGUAUUGUAUCAACUGGAACAACAUAUAGCAUUCACUCGUGAAAUCUACGUCAAGAAUCCUCGGAUACCAUAUCUAACUACGUGGAACUCAGGACUUUAUCCACAGCAAACUCUGUAAAGGAAAGUCUGACUUUUUAUUUUUGCAAUAUAAAUCUGUUUAUCGUUGUUGUUUUGAUACUUCGAUAAUACAGCUAUCUUAUUUUCAUAUCCUCAAGACUUUUUUUCCGGAAAUUGUGAAGUUUCUUAUUUCUGUAAUGGUUAAGUCUAUCAAACGUGUAAGUACCGUUAAGAGACUGAGAUCUAAUACUAGUCAGCCAUCUGAAGGCCUCAGCUCCGUUGACAAUUCUACACUGUUUACACCAGCCAUACCCAGAGUUAUGGUAUCUGAUAUCAUGGAGGAAUUAGCAGAGAAUGCGGCUUGUAGCAAAAAUGAUUUACUGACACUUCAGAAGUCAAUAGCAGAACUACAGAGCAAGUUUGACAGCAUUAUGCCUCUCACGCAACUGUGUGACCCACCACAAAACAUCUGUUUUGAAUCACUAAUCAAAUCCGAGCGCAUAAUUGACUAUUUGGCUGAAGAAGCUGUUAAGAGGAUUAUGUCUUUACAUAACGUCUUGGCCUAUAACAUUCCAGACAGAGAGCCGAUUGCCAAACUUAAGAAUUCGUGUCUAAAGGCUUGUAAUAUGUCGUUGACAGAAUGUCAGGUCUUGCGUCUUCGUAAGAAAUCUGCAAACCACUCGUGUCCUGUGCUUUUCAAGUUUAGGUCUACCGAAGAAGCCAGGAAUUUCCUGAAAUCGGGUAAGAAAAUAGGCUCUUCAACACCAUACACUAACAUUAGGGUUGCACCUGAUUUAACACCAUGCCAAAGGCGAUGCCGCUCAGGAACAGUGAACCCUGAUAACUCUAAUAGGAUAACUGUAGAUGAUGUUCCGUGCGUUAUUCCGUCUAUUGAAAUAUCUGAUCACGGCAUGCAACAGACAUUUUCGCAGGUAGUGGCUAAUGUUAGCCAAGCAUUAUAUAACGAUAUUGAUGCAGACACUGAAAUGGUGGACAUAGAUGAGUCAACGGGAAAUAAUGUUGAAAUACAUCGUUUUCACACUGACGCAAAAGUCAAGACACCGAAACCAUCAAAACCCAUCCCACUGGUGGUCCAACCAUUGCCUUAUAAGUCAGUUACUCCUCUGUCUGACAAUCCACACUCUGUAAAGCACCAGUCGAAUGUAGCCACCCAAGUUGGCAAGUUUUCUAGGCGUUAUGACAAACGUCCCAUUUCCAUUAAGAAAACUAAAGCUCAUGAGGUGUUCAAGCCACAGAAACCCUACAUAGCAUGUGCUGACUGCCCUGUUAGCCAUCAUCAGCCAGAUAAUCAUAAGAUAGGGGAAAAAGAAGUAAAUAAAUUAAAUACUAAACCCGGAGCAAGAAAGCUCUUUGAUAAGAAAGAGACGAAAGCACCUGUAGGCCUUCUUUGUAAGAGAAAGUCAAAUAUGGUAGACGAAGCUCCUAGGGGUAGGCCUAAUUGGUGCCAAGUGGAAAGCCAAUUUUAUCGAAUCCCUAAUUCUAGACAAACAGCACAGCAAAGUAGUAGGUAUUGUUCUGCACAUCCACUACGUAAACCCCUUGUCAACCAGCCCACUUCUAAUAUUCUGUCUACUGAAAGUUAUAGAAAAUACCCCAAACAUCGGCCACAGACCACAUUUAGCAAGCCAACAGAACCCAUUCAUAUAUCUUAUGUGUCUAGUGGGGAGCAUGUGCCGAUUUCUGCACAAAACUUGCCAUGGUCUGAUGAAUACCAGAAACAGAUACCAACACUUCAUUCUUAUACUGGCAACAAAUUACCGAAUACACAUAUCGGUUAUACCUUAGGGCAGGAUUUUCACCAGCGUCAGUUAACAGAAACACCUGGAAUCAUGCAUAUAGCACGCAUGAUAUCGGAUCAAUUCCUUGCUGGCAUAGCGAACAGUCUACAGCUAGGGCAAGGCAUAUUUCCCGGGAGAUAGCUGACACAGUGUCGACACCAAACGCGGAUACUAAUAUCUCUAAAAUAUUAAUAUCUGAUUAUCACACAGGUGUCUCUCACUGCAUACCAUAUCCAAACGUAAGCCCAUCCCUGACUACCACCUCAAAAAUCUACCUGAAGUCUUCCUACGAUCCAAAGAUAUUGGUAAAUGAGUCUGAUAACAUGUAUAUAGAGGAUACUCACGGAUUAUUUUACCAAGAUGUUGUCCGCUCACUGAAACCACAUAGCCAGUGUUUAUCUAUUAUCCUAGUAAAUACGAGAUCAGUUCUAAGCAAACAUUUAGCACUAAGUACAAUAGCUUCUAUAUGCAGACCGUCAUUGAUUAUGAUCACCGAAGCCUGGUGCACAAGUGAAAUCUCCAAUGACAGCCUAAGGAUUGAUAAAUACAACCUUUUUCGCGGGGACAGACGGACAGGUCGUGGGGGUGGAACACUAAUUUACUGUGAACAAUCCAUGUGUGCAACCCAGUUUAGUAACCCAAUUCUGUCACAACUCAAUGACUCGAUCUGGGUCGAAAUAAAAGUUGUCAGAAGUAAACCUAUACUUGUGGGUUGUGUGUACCGGCCCCCUUCAUCCAGCAGGGAAUAUGAUAAUAUGCUUAGCAAUAUCUUUAAUGUUACAGCCAAUCUUCCUUUCAGUUAUAAAAUUAUCGGAGGCGAUUUCAACUUGCCAGAAGUAUCAUGGUCUUCACUCCGAGGACCCCAAAGGUACGAUAAUCUCAUAAAUUCCAUCGUCACAGGAGGGUGGACACAACACAUAAAUUCACCCACUAGAUCCGCAAAUAUCCUAGACCUUAUUUUCACGAACAACAUAACGCCAUCUACCGUACAUGUUGGACAUGAAUUUCCAGGUAGUGACCAUAGAAUAGUAGUUUGUUCUUUUGACAUCUUUCCUGAAACAAAACGCAGAGAUGAAGCUGGCCAGAUACCUAUGAGAUUGUACACACAUGCUGACUGGGACUUGUAUCAGCACCUAAUUAGAUGUUCUAAUUGGGACUCGUACUUUUCGAACCAGUCCUUAGAUGCAAUUCUUAACAACUUCUAUCAGAAUAUUAACUCAAUUCACGACGUCAUUGCACCCGAGAAGAUUCUUAACUUCAGAUUCCCCCAAAGUGAUUAUAUUCCGACAUCGUUUAGAAGAAGUCUACGUAAGCACUCAAUAAAAUACUACAGAUAUCAUGACUUAUCGUCAUUAAUUGCCAUAACGUCCCUUCUCAGUAGAAUUGAAGAGUUGAGAAAUAUAGGCCUCAGAAACAAAGAAAUGCAGGCCAUUCAUGCACCGCAUAACUC